AUAACCAUGCACACCCCCAUCAUAAUAACAACCCUUAUCUCCCUAACCCUCCCAAUUUUUGCCACCCUCAUCAACCCUUACAAAAAACGUCCAUACCCAGAUUACGUAAAAACAACCGUAAUAUAUGCUUUCACCAUCAGCCUCCCCUCAACAACCUUAUUCAUCUUCUCGAACCAAGAAACAACCAUUUGGAGCUGACAUUGAAUAAUAGCCCAAACAUUAGACCUAACACUAAGCUUCAAACUAGAUUACUUCUCCAUGAUAUUUAUUCCAAUCGCACUAUUCAUCACCUGGUCCAUCAUAGAAUUCUCGCUAUGAUACAUAAACUCAGACCCAAACAUCAACCAAUUCUUCAAAUAUCUUCUUAUUUUCCUCACUGCCAUACUAAUUCUAGUCACUGCUAACAACCUCUUCCAAUUCCUUAUCGGCUGAGAGGGCGUAGGAAUCAUAUCUUUUCUCCUAAUUAGCUGAUGAUACGCUCGAACAGACGCCAACACAGCAGCCAUCCAAGCAAUCUUAUAUAAUCGCAUUGGCGACAUUGGUCUUAUCCUAGCCAUAGCAUGAUUUCUCCUACAUUACAACUCAUGAGACCUCCAACAAAUACUAGCCCUAAAUUUCAACUCAAGCUCCCUCCCACUAAUAGGCCUCCUCCUAGCAGCAGCAGGAAAAUCAGCUCAAUUCGGUCUUCACCCCUGACUACCCUCUGCCAUAGAAGGCCCAACUCCAGUCUCAGCCCUACUUCACUCCAGUACCAUAGUCAUUGCCGGAGUGUUCUUACUCAUCCGCUUCCACCCUCUAAUAGAAACCAACACAAUAAUUCAAAAUCUUACAUUAUGCCUGGGGGCUAUUACUACCCUAUUUACAGCCAUCUGCGCCCUUACACAAAACGACAUUAAAAAGAUUGUAGCCUUCUCCACCUCAAGCCAACUAGGCCUAAUAAUAAUCACCAUCGGCAUCAACCAACCAUACUUAGCAUUCCUACACAUCUGCACCCAUGCUUUCUUUAAAGCCAUACUUUUUAUAUGCUCCGGAUCCAUUAUCCAUAACCUAAACAACGAACAAGACAUUCGAAAAAUAGGAGGCCUAUUCAAAACAAUACCCCUCACCUCAACUUCCAUAAUCAUUGGCAACCUAGCACUCACAGGAAUACCCUUCCUCACAGGCUUCUACUCCAAAGACCUUAUUAUCGAAGCCACAAACACGUCGUACACCAACGCCUGAGCCCUAUUCAUCACUCUCAUCACUACCUCUCUAACAAGCGCCUAUAGCACUCGAACUAUCCUUCUCACCCUAACAGGACAACCCCGUUUUCCAGCCCUAACAAACAUCAACGAAAACAACCCCGCUCUACUAAACCCAAUUAAACGCCUCACAAUGGGCAGCAUAAUCACAGGAUUUCUUAUCACCAACAACAUCCCCCCCACCUUACUCCCCCAACCAACAAUACCCCUCUACUUAAAACUCUCAGCUCUAUGCGCAACUGUCCUAGGCUUCCUAGCAGCCCUAGACCUCACCCUUAUAACAAACAAACUGAAAAUAAAAACCCCAUCACAAAUAUUCAAAUUCUCCAAUAUACUAGGAUAUUUUCCCACCACAAUUCACCGCACAAUCCCCUAUCAAAACCUACUCAUAAGCCAAAAUUUAGCCCUUCUCCUAUUGGAUUCAGCAUGACUAGAGAAAUCUAUACCUAAAAUAAUCUCACAAGCACACAUUACUGCCUCCAUAACUGUAACCACCCAAAAAGGCAUAAUCAAACUCUACUCCCUUUCUUUCCUCAUCCCCCUUACCCUAGCCCUAAUUCUAAUGAUAUAA